GUGACCGCUAGAUGUCAGCUCAUCCUCGGUGUAUCUAAAAGCGAGUCCCUCGGCCGCUAGGUGGUAGCUCUACACCAGGAUAUCCUUCUCCCAGGUCGUCGAAACAACAAACCGAACUACGGAGCAAGCGGGGUGAGAGAACGUCCGAAACCGCCUCUGACCGCGACUUUUAAACUCUUUUUACAGAAUUUCAGUGGGAUUCAGACGGAAGCUGUCCAACAAUAUUAAAAGUUAAGAUUCUGCUGGGACUAUAUUGCACAACAAGGUCACAUGCACCCUCUCCUGUCUUUUUAUUUUCUGAGGAUAUAAAGCCAGUCAUAAGUUGAAGUUAUCCAGAAGAUGUUACAGAAAUGAUAGCAGCACCAGAAAUACCAUCAGAGUUCACCUAUACUCACCAGGAUACAGAUACCCGAUUCUCUUCAGACACAGACUUCUCUGAGGAACUCGAUGGAAGGAGUGCGACCCCAGCCAAAGGAAAGGGUGGAAGGAAGGGGAAGAAAGCAGCAGGGGAGAAAGGCAAAGGCGGGAAGGGAGCGGGCCGGUUAAAUGGCCACCACCAAGAGAAUGGCAUGGAGAACAUGAUGCUGUUUGAGGUGGUGCGGCUGGGCAGGAGUGCUAUGCAGUCUGUCGUUGAUGAUUGGAUUGAGUCCUACAAAACUGACAGAGAUGUUGCGCUACUAGAUCUCAUUAAUUUCUUUAUCCAGUGCUCGGGAUGUAAAGGUGUGGUCAGCGGAGAAAUGUUUCGAAACAUGCAGAACUCUGAGAUCAUCCGACGAAUGACAGAAGAAUUUGAUGAGGACAGCGGUGACUACCCUCUAACCAUAGCAGGACCCCAGUGGAAAAAGUUCAAGUCAAGCUUUUGUGAAUUCAUUGCGGUGCUCGUGCGCCAGUGUCAAUACAGUAUCAUCUAUGAUGAGUACAUGAUGGACACAGUCAUCUCCCUCCUCACCGGACUAUCAGACUCCCAAGUCCGAGCCUUCAGACACACCUCAACACUGGCAGCCAUGAAGCUGAUGACAGCCCUGGUGAAUGUAGCUCUGAACCUGAGCAUCAACAUGGACAACACUCAGCGCCAGUACGAGGCGGAGAGGAAUAAGAUCGUGGCCAAAAGAGCUAACGACAGACUGGAGCUGCUCCUGCAGAAACGCAAAGAGCUCCAAGAAAAUCAGGAUGAGAUUGAAAACAUGAUGAACGCCAUAUUCAAAGGAGUGUUCGUUCACCGAUAUCGUGAUGCGAUAGCCGAAAUCAGGGCGAUCUGUAUAGAAGAGAUCGGAGUGUGGAUGAAACUCUAUAGCGAUGCCUUCCUCAACGACAGCUAUCUGAAGUAUGUGGGCUGGACGAUGCACGAUAAGCAAGGCGAGGUACGUCUGAAGUGUCUGACAGCUCUGCAGGGUCUCUACUACAACAGAGAGCUCAACGCCAGACUGGAGCUCUUCACCAGCCGCUUCAAGGACCGCAUUGUCUCCAUGACUCUUGACAAAGAGUACGACGUUGCAGUACAAGCGAUUAAGCUGCUCACUCUAGUGUUGAAUAGUACAGAUGAAGUGCUGACUCCUGAGGACUGUGAGAGUGUGUAUCACUUGGUCUACUCGGCACACAGGCCCGUCGCCAUCGCAGCUGGAGAGUUCCUCUUUAAGAAAUUGUUCAGCCAGCGAGAACCAGAGGAGGAAGGUGCCCCCAAGAGGAGAGGCAGACAAAGCCCCAACGCCAACCUCAUCAAGACCACUGUCUUCUUCUUCCUGGAGAGCGAGCUUCACGAGCAUGCGGCCUACCUGGUGGACUCUCUGUGGGAGUGCGGUCCAGAGCUACUGAAGGACUGGGAGUGUAUGAUCAGCUUACUGCUGGACGACCCGCUGCCGGGGGAGGAAGCUCUCACGGAGAGACAAGAGACGGCCCUGAUAGAAAUCAUGCUGUGCACUGUACGCCAGGCGGCUGAAUGCCACCCACCUGUUGGGAGAGGAACAGGGAAGAGGGUGAUGACGGCUAAAGAGAAGAAGACUCAGCUGGAUGACAGGACCAGAAUGACGGAGCUGUUUGCUGUGGCUUUGCCCCCUCUGCUGGCCAAGUACGCCAUGGAUUCAGAGAAGAUAACUAACCUCCUGCAGCUGCCUCAGUACUUUGACCUGGACAUUUACACCACAGGACGUCUAGAAAAGCACCUGGAGUCCCUGCUGCGUCAGAUCAGGGAGAUUGUGGAGAAGCACACAGACACUGACGUGUUGGAGGUCUGCUCCAAGACUUACCACGCCCUCUGCAACGAGGAGUUCACCAUCUUCAACAAGGUGGACAUCGCCCGCUCCCAGCUGCUGGAUGAGCUGGUGGACAAGUUCAACCGGCUACUGGAGGACUUCCUUCAAGAGGGUGAAGAGGCUGAUGAAGAUGAUGCUUAUCAGGUUUUGUCAACUAUAAAGAGGAUCACAGCUUUCCACAACGCACAUGACUUGUCGGGGUGGGACCUGUUCACCAGCAACUUCAAGCUUCUCAACACAGGCAUAGAGAAUGGAGACAUGCCCGAGCAGAUAGUCAUCCACUCUCUGCAGUGUACCCACUAUGUGAUCCUGUGGAACCUGGCCAAGUCCUCUGAGGGCAACUCCAAAAAGGACGACAUGAUUACCCUGAGGAAGCAGAUGAGGGCGUUCUGUAUGAUGUGUCAGCGCUACCUCACUAAUGUCAACACAGCCGUCAAAGAACAGGCAUUCACCAUCCUGUGUGAUCUCCUACUCAUCUUCAGCCACCAGAUGGUGUCCGGAGGCAGGGAACACCUGGAGCCUCUGGUCUAUUCCCCCGAGGACUCGCUGCAGGUGGAGCUGCUCUCCUUCAUCCUGAACCAUGUCUUCAUAGACCAGGACGAUGAAACAAACAGCACAGACGGGCAACAGGACGAUGAGGCACUAAAGAUUGAAGCCCUGCACAAGAGGAGAAACCUCCUCGCUGCCUACUGUAAACUCAUCAUCUUCUGCGUGGUAGACAUGAAGACGGGAGCGGACAUCUUUAAACAGUACAUGAGGUAUUACAAUGAUUAUGGAGACAUCAUCAAGGAGACUAUGAGUAAGACUCGGCAAAUCGACAAGAUUCAGUGUGCCAAGACGCUCAUCAUCAGUCUGCAGCAGCUGUUCCAUGAGAUGCUGUCUGAGCUGGGCCACGGGUUCGACCGCUCCUCCUCUUUAUUCUGCGGAAUCAAAGAGUUGGCUCGACGCUUUUCUCUUACCUUCGGUCUCGACCAAGUGAAAACCAGGGACGCUAUCGCUAUGCUUCACAAGGACGGUAUCGAGUUUGCCUUUAAGGAUCCAAGCACCCAGGGAGAGGGAGGCCCGCCUCUCAACUUGUCUUUCUUAGACAUCCUCAGCGAGUUCUCCUCCAAGCUCAUGAGACAAGACAAGAGGACUGUCCACAUGUACCUGGAGCGCUUCAUGACGUUCCAGAUGGCGCUGCAGCGGGAGGACUGCUGGCUGCCCCUCAUCUCCUACAGGAACUCCCUGCAGGCCGGCGGCGAUGACGACACCAUGUCGGUGAUGAGCGGCUACUCGAGCAGAGGGUCUUCGGUCCGCUCCAAGAAGAUUAAACCCCCGGCUGUUACAGCUGGAACCUCAGCAGCCAAGAGGAAGCUGCCAGAAGAGGAGACCAGCAGCAGUGAGCCGUGGCAGCAGAGCAUGCAGACCCCCAUCAUGUUGCCGUCCCCCCACCUCACUUCCACUGCCAUGCGAGACCCUAAGAGGGGGCGUGAUGACAGCUUCAUGGGAGUGUACCCCCUCCCCCAAGACCAGCCGCAGCCCCAUCAACUACCGCAGCACCAUCAACAGACGCCGCAGCACCAAACCCCCCUGGACUACAAUUCCCAGGUGACGUGGAUGCUGGCUCAGAGACAACAGGAAGAAGCACGCCAGCAGCAGGAAAGAGCCAUGAACUACGCCAAGCUCAGGACCAAUCUGCAGCAUGCCAUUCGUCGCGGCACUGGGCUGAUGGAGGAAGACGAAGAGCCGAUCGUGGAGGACGUGAUGAUGUCAUCAGAGGGCCGCAUGGAUGACCUCAACGAAGGCAUGGACUUUGACACCAUGGACAUUGAUCUGCCGCCUUCGAAGAACCGCCGUGAAAGAUCCGAGCUCAAGCCGGACUACUUUGACCCUGCCUCUAUCAUGGAUGAAUCGGUCCUCGGGGUGUCCAUGUUUUAAGCUAAUCUCCAGAUGAUUUUGACGCUGGGAUAACAGAAGAGGCGCUUUGUAUUUAAAGAGAAUUUUAGAUGUGAAAACAAAAGUGUUUUCUGUAAGAAAAAUCCA